ACAUCGACACCUUGCACCUCUGCUUCAACCUCGGUAUCAGCCUAUGCUACAUACAUCACAAUCUUGGACAUCUACCAAACCCUCUCCCCCGCUACAAAUGUCACUCAAACGAUCUCCAUCCCCUACACCGCUCACCGAAUCUACCUCGGCCAACCCAGCUAAACAACCCAAGAUGAGCUCGUCUGCCAUCAUCAACACGCCGACCCCGUUGCCAGCUUCGGCCGGUAUGCAGGUCAAACGUCUGAGCGAACGGGCGACCUUGCCCACUCGUGGGAGUCCUCUUGCGGCGGGUUACGACCUUUACGCCGCCGAGGGCAAGACCGUCCCCGCCGGCGGAAAAGCCCUCGUCGACACUCAACUAUCCAUCGCAGUCCCCCUGGGGACGUACGGCCGAGUAGCACCUCGAUCGGGCUUGGCGGCGAAACAUUCUAUACAUACCGGCGCUGGGGUGAUCGAUGCGGAUUAUAGGGGGUGCGUUUUUGUGUUGUUGUUCAAUUUGGGCAAGGAGGAUUUCGUCGUCAACGCCGGCGACCGUAUAGCCCAACUCGUCCUCGAACAGAUCGUCACCCCCUCCAUCAUCGAGGUCGACGAGCUCGACACGACUAUCAGGGGUUCGGGCGGGUUCGGCUCGACCGGUGGGUUCGGGGCUACGGCUGCUCAGGUGGUCGACCAGGCUGGGGAGGCAGCGCAACACGCAGGAGAAACGGUCAGACAGCAAGCGGGGAUCGUCGGGGAAAAGGUCGUCGAAGGCGUUCAGGCUGUUGGGGAAGCGUUGAUGGGUGCCGGUCAGGCGCAGGCCAAGUGAGAUUCCUCAAUGAGGUUUUGUAUUUCGAUCGCCAUGUAAAGAGAGCUGCAACUGUAGAGCGGGUUCAGGUUAGGAGGUUUGGGUUUGCAGUUCGUUUGUCGGCUGUUUUUGAAUAUACCAUUUUACGUUCUUU